UGCUACUAUUUAUUCACUGGCGGCGCAGCAGAACAAGCCUUGUCGGCCAUUUGUUUCACUCUCAUCUCGGGUGGCUUGCAGUUAAUCAAUCACCUGCCAACCGUUACUAUAAUCAAUUAUUGCCAGCCCACUGUUGCAGGACGCACUACACGCAGCGUACUGUACUCAGCCCAGUACACCUACUCAUACUUAUCAACCUGCCUGGCCUCUCUCUUCCGCUUCCGUCUCCUUCCCCUCUUCAUCGACCUCCGAGUAUUACCCUUUUGGGAACUCCAACCAAGUGAACGACACACUUUUUCUCUCGCUUCGAUCCCCUGAACCUUCGUUUCUUCCACUUCAACUUCAAAAACAUCCCACUCGAUCAAUAAAGACGUUGAAAUAUCCAACUGAGGCGCCAUGGCGUUGUCAACUCGCCUGCUCCAACUGCUUCUCCUAUCCCUAAUCGCCUUAUCUGCGAUUGCAGCCCCGGCCGCCGAUCAGUCCGAAUCCGACGCCCCGUCGGUCGCCGACAGCAUCGAAGAGACCUCCCUCCACAAGGCUCUGCAUCUGUUCCAGAGGUUCAGCCACGGCAUCUUCCAGUCUGACGAGGAAGCUGCCGCAGCUCUCCAGCAGGAUGAUUCGUCGUUGGCGGACCACUUGAACCUGGUCAAGCGAGCGGAUGGCAACUCGACGGCUGCGGUAGAGACGACGAGCCAGGCCUCGGAGCCGGCAGCGACCACUUCUGCCGCCGCGGCAGCAACCACCGCUUCGCAGGCUGAGAGUUCCACCAGCAGUGCGCAACAACAGCCCACCACUACUGCUGCGGAAACUACCGCCGCUCCUACGACCACUGCUGCCCGCACGACCGCUGCGAGACCUACGACUAGCUCUAGCAGCAGUGAGUCCAGCUCUAGCAGCAGUGAGUCGAGCUCUAGUAGCAGUGAGUCUAGCUCCUCGUCUCCGUCCACGUCUUCUUCUUCCUCUUCUGCCUCUACGGCGACCACCUCGUCGACCUCUUCCUCCUCCUCGUCGUCUUCCACGGCGACGUCGACCUCUACUACUUCUACUUCUUCGUCCACUUCGUCUACAUCUUCGUCCUCGUCCUCUUCUCACACCACCGCAGCUAGUACCACGAUCCCCACCGUCGCGGCCACUACUACUACUACUACCUCUACCUCUGCUACUUCCACUACCACUAGUACCACUUCAUCCAGCUCACAUACUACCGCAGCUCACACGACCUCCACCACCUCAACAACAUCCACCUCCUCGACCUCCUCCUCGUCCUCCACUUCAUCAAGAUCCACAUCCGCCACCUCGACCUCGACCUCGACCUCCACCACCCUCGAGACCACCACCUCCACCUCCACUACUUCAACCAAGGACUCCCAAACCACAGACGACAGCUCCACCACCAGCGCCAAGACCACCCCCUACACCUCCACCUACAAGAUGACCACCACGCUGCCCAACGGCCAGCAGAGCACCGUCACCGCCAUCACCGUCAUCCACCCGACCGAGACUGCCCACGAGGUCGCCACCGGCACCCGCGGAUCCCCAAGUCUGCAGACCGACAACGGUGCCGCGACCGCGCACGGUCUAGGUCGGGAGCUGUUCGUGAUGGUCGGUGGAGCGGCCGUGGUGGCUAUGGCUCUGUAAAGACAAAAGCAAACCACCUCCCCCACAUCAUCCGAAUACUUGUUUUUCUCCUCCCAGCAAAUGCAUUUUCCGGCGUUUUUUUUGUUUCCUGCUAGCUUUUCAGCUGCCCCCAUGAUACCUCUCACCAUGUUACGAUCCUUUUGAUGCAAAACAAAACACACGUGAAUCUGGCAAAGCAUACAUUACUUGUUCAUUUAGCUCGGCGUAUUCCCACAUCUUGUCUCUCCUUUAGCGCAUUCUGAUUUCUGUUUUUACACCUGGGUUGGGGAGAAGAGGAGGGUAGAGGGGAUGGAUGGAUGGAUGUUGUUCAAAGCAUGUGCAUACUUUAGACAGGUUGUCUUUGAUCAUUCACCCUUGGGGGUUGCAAAGGUGACUCCUGGAUCACGGAUCAUUCGGACAUAAUUUGAGACUGU